CGAGCGCCAAGAUAGGCUUCACUUCAGUGGAGGUUAUAAGAUGGCUGCAAGGGGAGGCCUGAACUUGAAAGUGAGCCUUCAUCUUGAUGUCUCAUCCAAUCCUGUCAGAAUUCGAUAUCGUUUUUGCUGGAGGUGGUGCUACAGCUUGUGUUGUCGCAGGUCGCUUAGCUUUAUGCGAUCCCUCGCUCAGGAUCUUGAUUCUAGAAGCCGGUCAACACACCCUCAAUAAACCUAUUCACGUCCAACCCUAUCAAUAUCCCCUCAACCAUGCACCGACGAGCACCACAGUCACAUUUAACAUCGGAAAUCCGUCUCCUCGUCUCAACGGCCGUGCCCCGAUCGUUCCUUGUGGUCGUUGCGUCGGCGGAGGCUCAUGUGUGAAUUUUAUGGCAUACACCCGUGCACCUGCUUCGGACUAUGAUGAUUGGGGAGCCGAUGGUUGGGAAUCUGAGAAUUUGAUUCCCCUCAUGAAGAAGCUAGAAACAUAUCAGGUGCAGCCUGAUCGUCCAACUCACGGAUAUGAUGGACCCAUCAAAGUGUCAGCUGGUGGGUGUAAAAUGGGUAUCGCGGACGAAUUCAUCCAGGUUGGCACGACCUAUCACAAGAGGCAGUAUGCCGACGACACCAACGAUUUAGAAACAUGCAAUACAUACAGUCCAUGGCGCAAGUACAUUGACGGGACAACCGGAAGGCGUUCGGACGCGGCUCACAACUAUGUCUACAACCAAGCUCACAACCCGAAUUUACACGUCUGGGACGGAAAACGCGUGAAGUGUGUCAUCUUCGAGGACAAGCGUGCUGUAGGUGUUGAGUUUACCAGCGACCCAGUGUCUUGCCCAGACGCUGAUCAGUCAUCGACUAUUGUGAGAGCAUCAAAACUCAUCGUUGUAUCUGCUGGGGCGUUCGGUUCCCCGACGAUUCUGGAGAGGUCUGGGAUUGGUGCUGAAUCGAUCCUCAAGCGGUGCGGUGUCGAGCAACUGGUGGAUUUACCUGGUGUUGGCGAAAAUUAUCAAGAUCAUAAUCUCGUCUUUGCUCCAUACUUGGCUGCUGACGGGGCUGUUACUAUGGACGCCCUCUGGCGUGGGGAGAGUAUCCUACAGGAAAGCCUUGCGCAGUGGAACAGCACCGGCAAGUCGUUGAUUGCACAAAAUGGUCUUGAUUCAAAAAUAAAGUGGCGUCCUGAUGACGAGGAGUUGAAAGCCAUGGAUCCAGCCUUUCUACCACGCUGGAAGGAGUUCUUCCAGGACCGCCCAGACAAGGCUGUUGCGAUAUUUUCUGCUUUUGCAGGAUAUGUUCAACCGCUCUCGAGGCCGCUUGUUCCUCCUCCUCGCAACUACAUGACUACCGGUUAUUGUACACUUUACCCCGUGUCCAUUGGAAGUGUUCAUAUCGACGUGACAGAGGACGGCAAAGAAGGAAUGGACUUUAAUACAGGCUUCCUAGACGAUCCGUCGGAUAUUGUACCUCUUAACUUUGCGUACAAAAAGAUGCGCGAACUUUUUCGACGCAUGGCCUCCUAUCGAGGUGAGGUCACUGCUGGCCAUCCUGAUUUCCCCGAGGGAAGCGCUGCAGCUUGCGGAGAAGCUUCGGGGCCAGUGGACUUGAACGCGCCUGACAUCGUUUACACUGCUGAAGAUGACGAGGCAAUUGAUCGAUUCCACCGCGACAUCGUGCAAACAACAUGGCACUCGCUUGGGACUUGCGCCAUGAAACCACGGGCAGAUCAAGGAGUCGUCGACGCUCGGCUAAAUGUAUACGGGGUGUCAAACCUGAAAGUUGCAGAUCUGUCCAUCUCGCCGUUGAAUGUUGGCACGAAUACAUAUUCUACGGCACUUCUCAUUGGAGAGCGGGCUGCGAUGAUCAUUGCCGAAGACUUGGGUAUUCAUUACAUUUGAUAUGUGUAUGUAUUUACGAGCUCCUGGAGGUUUGUGUAGGAU